GUGAAGUUGACCCUAUGCACCAGCUGCAAGCCCCAGGUCGGGCUGUGCGCGCUAUGGCUGAGUGGGCAAAGCAGCUUGCAGGCAUUAAGGGCGUGAUGCUAGAUAUCAGCGGGGUCUUGUAUGACGGUGGAGGAGAAGGAGGCGGGGUUCCCAUCCCUGGAUCUGUAGAAGCUGUGGAAAAGAUCAAAGCGUCUGGCCUGAAGUUACGGUUCUGCACCAAUGAAACCCAGGCCACUCGAGGCAAAUUUGUGGCGAAGCUCCAGCGCUUGGGGUUCAACAUUUUGGUGAAUGAAGUCUCUGCCCCGGCACCAGCAGCCUGUCACAUUCUGAAGGAGCGAAACCUGAGGCCGCACCUCCUCGUACAUGAUGAUCUGGUCCCUGAAUUUGAUCAGCUUGAUAAAGCAAACCCAAACUGUGUGGUGAUUGGAGAUGCGGCAGACAAUUUCUCCUACAAAAAUCUCAACGAAGCUUUCAGAGUUCUGAUUGGACUGGAGAAUCCUAUUCUCAUAUCUCUGGGGAGAGGGCGCUAUUAUAAAGAAACUGAUGGUCUGAAACUUGAUGUUGGAGUGUAUAUGAAGGCAUUAGAGUAUGCUUGUGAUGUUCAAGCCGAGGUGGUGGGAAAGCCGGCAAAAAUGUUUUUCCAGUCAGCCUUGGCAGAAAUGGAUGUUGAGCCACAGCAGGCCAUCAUGAUUGGAGAUGAUAUUGUGAAUGAUGUAGGAGGCGCCCAGCAGUGCGGUAUGAGAGCUCUACAAGUACGGACAGGGAAGUACAGCUCGUCCUGGUAUUCUGCUGCUAGCAGUUCCAGCUCCCCCUGUGCCUCAGGCUCCUCCAGUUCCUCCGGGUACUCAGCUGCUGGCAGCUCCAGUUCCCCCUCCGCCUCAGGCUCCUCCAGUUCCUCCAGGUACUCAGCUGCUGGCAGCUCCAGCUCCUCCUCAGGCUCCUCCAGGUAUUUGGCGGUGGGCAGCCCUGGUAGCCCCUGUUCUUCCUCCAGGCCUUGUGAUGAGCAACACCCGGAAGUGAAGGCAGAUGGAUACGUGAACAACCUCGCGGAAGCAGUGGACAUUAUUGUGAAACAGUUGCACAAGUGAUCGUGCUGUAGAAGAUACCGAUUUAAAGGCACAAAGAAGUUGGACUUGACAUCUGAAGCCUAGCAUACAGCUCACACACCAGGCUACCUCUUCCCCUGUUUAAUUCAUUUCCCUCUCUUCACCUAAUUUCUACACAUGUGCAAGUAACCAUAGGAAACCAGUAAUGCUAAUAGUUUGUCAUUAACUGCCUGAUUUUCAAAGCUUCUCAUUUCUAGGUACUAAAAUGAAAUGCCUUAAUGAUUAAAAACAUUAAACCUAACAGGUGCUUAUGAUUUCCGUGAAUCAUCUGAUUUUCUAGCACCCGCGCAUUGCCUUGAGUGCCAUGUAGCCAUGCAAUAGGAAGAACAGAUAAAAUUAACUGACGCAAGUGGCUCUUGCACCACUUGGGCCAGACUCUGUCCCUACCUAGGGAGCAGUGGGUUGCCCCAGCAUGGGGGAACCCCAGGCAGCAUAGGUCAGGCUCUGGGCUGACCCUUUUUGUAGAUGAAUGCAGAACUUUGUGUAUCAGAUGCAUGCGCAGACCAGUCCCAAGGUG